UUUAACAAUUUUAAACGAUGCCUUUAAGCCGUUCGAAGUUCACUUGAAGUCCCGCAUGUUUGAUGAAUUACUUCGGUUAUUCCGAAACUGGGAUGAACUCGAGAUCCGAAGUUUCAGUUGGUGAUCCAGUAAAGGAAUAAACUUUUUUUGCAGCCAUUACCUACCGUGCAGACAAGGAAUACAUAUUAAACCAUUUUGAGAUUUGCUCGACUGCAUGUUCCUGGCAAAGUGUAUCUUCUCUUAUUUCAUUUAGAGAUAUUCAAUCAGCAACAUGACGUUACAUGAAGAUGUUGACAACAGAGAAGACCCACAACUAAAGAAAGAGAUGGCGGCGGCAGAGUUUUCCGUCAUCGGGGACGACCAACAGGAGGAUGAUGAAAAUCUUGCGUCAUCGUGGACGACAAGGAAGAUCUACAAAAAUCUUCUCCUGAUCAGCAGUGCCUUCCUCUUCGUCUUCACAGCCUUCCAAGCGUUGUCUAACCUUCAGAGCAGCAUUAACUGUGUUGAUGGUUUGGGCCUUGCCUCGCUUAGUACCAUCUAUGCUUCUCUGAUUGUAUCAGCCAUGUUAAUCCCCUCGGUGAUGAUCCGCCAUCUUGGAUUAAAAUGGACGUUGGUGUUGAGCGAGGCGUGCUACGCAAUUUACACAGCAGCAAACUUUUACCCCUCCUGGGCUACUCUUAUACCAGCUUCAGUGCUCCUGGGGUUCGGUGCCGCACCCCUGUGGACAGCUAAGAGCACCUACCUCACUACCAUGGCAGGGGCCUACUCCAAGCUGACAGGAGAGACUGUUCCGUCCAUUGUGUCUCGAUUUUGGGGUAUCUUCUUCUUCUUCUUCCAGUCAUCUCAGAUUCUAGGAAACCUCAUCUCAUCGCUUGUUUUUAGACAAGAAACCUCCUUUGUAAACAGCACCCAAUACAAAUGUGGUUCGCAAGACUGCUACGUGGAGACCGGGGAUGAAAAUGGAACAUAUUGUGAUCCUCCCGAAGAGAGUCUAACCUACACUUUACUCAGUAUCUAUCUCGUCUCCGGUGUCAUCGCCGUGGUCAUCGUCGUCGUCUUCGUCGACAACCUUGGUGCAAGUCGAAAGAUCAAAGACCAAGGAACGUUUGAUUUAUUCUGCGCGACGGCACGCUUAAUGAAGGAUAAGAAGUUGAUUCUCAUCAUACCUCUCACAAUUUACAGCGGAUUAGAGCAAGCCUUCAUUACAGGCGAUUUUACAAAGUCAUACGUGACCUGCAGCCUUGGGGUUGGUUGGGUGGGGUACAUCAUGAUCUGUUACGGGGUGGCUGACGCUCUCUGCUCCGUGCUGUUCGGUCGCUUCGUCAAGUACACUGGACAGGUUCCUUUAUUCUGCCUCGGUGCCAUCAUCAACCUCUCACUCAUCAUCGCUCUCUUCAUCUGGGAGCCGCGCUAUGAAGAACUCCCCGUUUUCUUCGUGAUCGCUGCCGCCUGGGGUGUAGCUGACGCCAUCUGGCAGACACAGCUAAAUGCCCUCUACGGUAUCCUCUUCCUGGACGAGCAGGAGCAGGCCUAUUCCAAUUAUCGUCUCUGGGAAUCUGUAGGCUUCUCAGUGGCGUUUGCCUACAGUAACUUCCUCUGUGUUUGGAUAAAACUAACCAUCUUGGUGUGUGUCCUCGGAGCAGGGAUGCUAGGUUAUGCAGGUGCAGAGCUCGUAGCAAGGAGAGACCAUCGGGAGAAAUGAUAUCAAACGCAUCACAAAACAAUAACGAAACAUCGAGAAACUAGUUUUCGGGAAUUUAGUUUUCGAGAAGAAAAGAAACAUCCACAAUGAUUAUUAUUGUACAGUUCAGUUGUGUCCUCGGAUGGUUUUAUUUUUUUUAUUUUUUAGAAUCAUUCUUGUUUUAAUGGCAUGACGAAGACAGAGAAAAGAAGCACGAAAGAAGAAAGAUCGGGCAAAGUGGCAUAUUACGAAUCAUAAACAAAAGGAGAUUAGUUUUCGAGAAGAAAGACAUCCGGAAUAUUCCUGUACAGUAGUCUCUCAUCAAGUUUUAUGAACGCUAUCUCUGUAGUACGAACAAAAA